AUGCCGGAGCCGCGAGACGACGACGUGACGGACGAUCGAUCGCUCUUGAUCGUGCUCGUGGAAACGAACCCGAGAACGUGGGAGACGAGCGAGGGGAAGGGCGAGGGUACGCCGGCGUCGCGCGGAUUGUCGAGCGUGCUGGGGGCGACGAUCACGUUCUUGAACGCGUUCUUCGCGCUGAAUCAGCAAAACAGAGCGGUGGUUGUGGCGGUGCACGGGGAUGGGUGUCAUUACCUGUACACGUCUCCGCUCGGGGUGGAGACGGAUGAGGACGGGGACGAGGCGGAGGACGCGCGGUGGGCGAACAAAGUCGGCGGAUUGGAUCCGCUUCAGUCGGAGGCGGGACCGACGAUUCUGAGGCGUUUAGGGGAGUUGAACGCGGCCGAGACCGGGUCGAGCGCGACGGGUGCGAAACGCGACAAGGCGGACUCUGAUGAUGGUCCGGCGACGUCGCCGUUCGCGGGAGCGCUGAGUUUGGCGUUGUGUUACUGCAAUCGCGCGCAAGCGCUCGAGAAUGCCGCCGGUUUACGCUCCAAGCCGCGUAUUCUAUGCCUCCAGGCGUCGCAGGACAAUCCAACGGAUUACAUUCCCAUGAUGAACGCCAUUUUCAGCGCUCAGAGACAAUCGAUCCCGGUCGACGCCUUCGCCUUGGGCGAGCACGACUCUCCGUUCAUGCAGCAAGCGGCGCAUAUCACCCGCGGCGCUUACGUCAAGCCCACCCUCGGCGAUGGCUUACUCCAAUAUCUCCUCUCCACCGCCGUGAUGGACCUCAGGAGCCGCGCCUUCCUUAAGCUUCCAGCAGCGCGAGGCGUCGACUUUCGCGCCUCGUGCUUUUGCCACAACGGCCCGUCAAGCGUCGGCCUUCGUGUGCUCCGUCUGCCUCUCCGUCUUCUGCGACGGUCGUCCCGCGUGCGACACGUGCGGCACCACAUUCGACGCCCCCGACGUAGCAUCAUAGACGUCAUAGAUCCCUCUUCACGCGCGAUCUCUCCGCCUCGCCCGCCCGCCCGCCCGCCCGCCCGCGCGUAA